AUGGACAAGGUUCAAAGUUCUUUCACCUUUUUAUUUUUGUUUUUAAUAGAAUGGCCACUUCUUGUAUGCUUGCCUUAUGCAGAUGAUAGGAAGGAUGAUACACCUGAGCCUACAAAGAACAGCUUUAGAGCACAUUUGAUGGCCCCAGACCCCAAGACCUGGGAUGCAGUGAUGAUAUCACAUAGGCCUGCUCUUGUUCAAGUAAUUACAAUUGCAUGUAUAGCCUUAAGCGUUGCCCUGAUAUGUGGGACUGCUGUUUUCUGUGCAAUAUAUCGACUGGUACAGGCUGAGGAAAGGCAACAACUUGCAUUGCUUUAUCAAAAUAUCAAGAUACCAUUAUCAGGAGAUGAAGAGGAGAACAAUGGUGAAGACGAGUCCAGUUACCUCCUUGCAGAGAAGAGACUGGCAAACUUCAUUAAUUCAGAGUCAGAUGGCGGCGGCCACUCUGAGGCGCGCGGCUGGGGCUGUCCAAAGGAAGAACAGACUGGAGGGCCUGCUGAGUUCCCUGAGGCGCUCGAGGCUGUUUUCAAUUCAAGUCACACUGAUGGACAGAAUCCCCAGGGCGCUGAGGCCCAGAAGUUAGACGGCCCCUGA